UCGAUCUCUUUGUCUUUUACACGCACGCCCAGGCCUUUGGCGGGUACUACCCGCUGACGGCGAAGAAGCUCUGGAAGAAUGUCUACGAUCGAAUGGGCUGCGACCAUGGCAGCACCAGCGCGGCCACCAUCACCCGACGUCACUAUGAGCGACUGCUGCUGCCCUUUGAGCGCCAUCUGAAUGGACUUUCAGAUCGAGGAGUUUCUGCAUCUUCCUCAUCUUCCUCCUCAUCUUUUUCAUCAUCAUCCUCUUCUAAUCUAAAAGUGAAGGAAGGAGAGGAUGAAGUGGAGGCUAAUAGCGGCAAUAGCUCCUCAAAGUCUUCAGAGGCGGGAGAUUCGGUGUUUCAGUUUAAAGAAGACGAGGAGGAAGGAGAAGUGGAUGCUAAAGAAAAAGAAAUGGUCAAAAAGGAACAGACAGAAAAUGCUAAUGCUGUUGAUGACAAUGAGGACACGGAUGCUGAGGAGGAAAAUGUUGCAGCAGAUGUUCUGCCCUCAAACCAAACUGUGUCCUCUGCAGAGGUUGACAAUAAGAAAGAAUCACCUAAACUUGAUACAACAAAAGAUGACAGCAAGGUUAAAGUGGAAGAAACCAAAGUGGAGAAAGAGGAACCACCNCUAAAGUUUACGCCGACGUGCAAAAACAGCAGCAGCAGCAGCAGCUGUAAGGCUGGCAAAAAGAAAGGAUUUUCGACAAAGAAAAUUGCCAAUAAGCGUCUUCAAAGCGGAU